AUGUCCGUUGCGGACGUCUACACCGGCGUCUGGAUCAAUCAUGCUAAAGGCCUAAUACUCGGCCCCACACUCACGCUGUCGGACUUCCAUGGGACCCUCUUCAUCGCCUUUCUCGCGCUAUUUAUCAACUUCUUUGGGAACCAGAUGUGGGUCAUCCUCAGCUACGCGCUUUUCCACAUCCGGUCGCGAAGAACGGAGCAGGACGGUUUAUACCAUCAGCUACAAGCAACGCUCCGCAAUAGCGUCUCUAGCCUGUCGGAUUCCUGGAAGUUUACCUUGAUUGCGUGGCACUGGCGCGGGAAGUCUCACCGGGUAUUGCGGCGCGUCCUCCCGUUACUAGCUUUGUCAUCGUUACAUUGCUUAAAGGUCGGUCUCGCCUCGAUUUAUGCGACGCCAAUCAUCCAACUACAGCCUGACGUCCUAAGCCGCGGUGCUAUCUGUGGGGACUGGAAUUCGACAGCCUUAGAAUCGGACUACGAUGUGGUAUACAAAUACACCGAGGAGCAAAUUCACUUAUGGGAGAAGAGCGGCAGCUACGCACGGUUAUGCUAUCCUUCUGACUUGAGGGAGGACACGGGGUCGGCAGCGACAUGCGUACAACGUGGCGAAACGAGAAAGGUGUGGCGCAAUAGCACUGAAGAACGGUGUCCAUUCGCUGUCCAUAUGUGCAAAGACGACCAUGUAUAUGCUCUCGACACCGGUCUCCUCGACUCAAAUCUGGAUCUAGGUAUCAACUCGCCCAAAGAAGACCGGAUACAAUACCGACGAAAGAUGACCUGCUCACCACUUACUACAGAGGGUUUUGUGGAGGGUCCGCUUGAGGCAGGCUCUCGAUCUAACCUCACUACACCCAAUCCCUGGAUGAACAUUUCGAUCUGGAAUUACAACUACGGGAAACUCACCUAUGCGAAUGAGGACAACUUUACCAAUGCUACGUGGGUCUACGAUGACGGAUUACUUCGACCUAGCUAUAGCCGCGACACUGAUAGCACAUUCAAGCUGUAUGUUUCGACCUAUUUUCCGAACGAGACGCGCUCAGCGUCGAAAUGGGGAUACUGGGAUCGCUCCUGGGAUUUCUCGACCUUCGAUGCGAUUCCAGAACUUCGAGCUGAUGGCGUUACGAAUGUCCUUUUUCUCGUCACUGCUGUUUGCUACCCAAACCCAGUCGACGAUCCAUGGUUCUCGUCGCACGAUAAAAUAGACGAGGGACCUAAUGGAGGAUCGUUCUACUGUCUGGAUGGAUAUCCGAAAGUGUCACCACUCGGCUGUCUUGAACAACACGAAUUCUGUAACCCGGAAAAUGGAGAGUGCUCCAACCUGACGAGUACGCACAAACCGCCCGAUUACCGAGCUCUUGGACUCAACGCUCGGCAGAUGAGAGUGGCUGAACGGGUAUUUAAAGCCACCACGGGACUCAGCAUUAGUGGGGUGAUCAGAUUUCUUGGAGCGGAAAAGACGCUGCACGCCCGCACGUCUGCAAUCAAUGGACUGCCCCCAAACCAGUGGCAGCUGGAGCUCGAUAACUGGUUUGGAAUCGUCAUGGCGCAGAUGCAGUCCGUGCUUCUGCAAUGGGCGACUGGUCCGGAAAAGCCCGAGAAUAGGAGGUAUAUCAUUCCGCCCACGGACCCAGACGUCGCGUGGAUGUGCAACAAUCAGGUUGUGCACGAUUCGCGAUACAUCUGUUUUAGCGUUCUCGGCAUUUCGCUGUUUAUUGGAACAGGGAGCCUGGUCGUGCUGGUGGGAUGGUUCAUCGACGAUAUUGUGAGAGCCGUACAGAGGCCGCUUGGGAAGGGUGCAUAUAGGAGGUUUGAGUGGAGAUGGAAUGAGAUGUUUCAGUUACAGCGGACGGCGUUCGCGCUCCAAGGUGCUGGACUGUGGGUCGAAAGCAAGGCACCGGUCCCGGUUACGAAAGAGAUGGAGAAGUGGACGAUUCCGGGGGCACUCGACGGAAAAAUCGAACGGAAAAGCGGAAUCUGA